UGGCAGUCCGUGCGGAAGUGCCUAUAGUUCGCCACUGCUGCGAAAGGGAAGCAGCCAGCCCCGGCGGGAUGUCUCCAACCCAGCACAGUGUGACAAAGUCUCAAGUGAACAAUCCUGCCCUCAGCUCCAUGGGGAUGCCAAGACAGUGAGGAUGUCUUCUGAGGGUGAUCAGAAUGGAAAGAGCUUCCUAGCUCCAAAGAAGCCCUGCCCUGGGAAAAGCGUCUCAGCAUAUGUUCCACACAACCCACGGACACAAAACCCCCCAGUGCGACAGCUCCAAGACUGUGAAAGAGGAGCACGGUUUACACUGAGUCCCUCAUGCCAAAAGGCCCCAAAGCACAGUUGCCAUGAACAGAACCCGUCCAAGUGUGAGGAGUGUGGGGGAGCCUUUCCAUGUUCUCGGCACUGUGAUGUUCCCAUAGAAACCCACAGUGCACAGAAAUCCCAGGAAUGUCAACAGCAAAGAUAAACCUUGAGUCAGACAUCACACCGGCUUGGCCCUGUGAAUGUCCACACAGGAGAGAAGCCGGGUACUUGGAAAGAGUGCAGGCGGGCCUUCCAUCAUUCCACACCACUUAUAAUACAGAGGAGAGUUCAUACUGUGGAGAAACCAUACGUAUGUAAAGAGUAUGGGAAGGCCUUGCUUGACCCAACCUCAAGCCUCCGUAUGCACAGGAACAUUCAUAGUGAAGAGAAACCUUAUUUAUGCACUGACUGUGGAAAGGCCUUCCUUCACUUCUCAAGCCUUUCUGCGCAUAGGAAAAUUCACACAGGAGACAAAUCUUAUUCAUGUAAGGACUGUGGGAAGGUCUUUGCCUAUUAUUCAAGCUGUUCUAUGCACAAGAAAACGCACAAUGCAGAGAAAUCGUAUAUAUGUAAGAAAUGUGGGAAGGCCUUUGCUCAUUACUCAAACCUUUUGAGUCACGGGAAAACUCAUGCUGGAGAGAAGCCAUAUAUAUGUGAGGUCUGCGGGAAAACUUUCAGCUACCCCUCACGCCUUCUUAGACACAGGGAGAGUCAUAAACCUCAUAUAUGUAAGGUAUGCGGGAAGGCCUUCGCUCUAUUUGCAGAUCUCUCUGCACACAGGAAAAUUCAUAGUGGAGAGAGACCUCAUAAAUGUGAAGCAUGUGGAAAGGCCUUCACUCGAUCCUCAGACCUGACUGUGCAUAUGAAAACUCAUACUGGAGAGAAGCCUUUUAAGUGUCAGGAGUGUGGGAAGGCCUUCACUAGAUCCUCAAGACUUACCAUACACAGGCGAAUUCACACUGGCAAGAAACCAUAUAUAUGUAAGGAAUGUGGGGAGGCCUUCAUCAGCCAUCACAGUCUUCUUCAGCAUAGGAGUUUCCAUAUAGGAGACAAACCUUUUGUGUGUGAGGAAUGUGGGAAGGUUUAUUGUUAUUCUUCAAGCCUUCGUAUUCAUAGGAAAAUUCAUACUGGAGAGAAACCUUAUGUUUGUAAGGAAUGUGGGGAGGCCUUCUCUCAAUAUCAGUACCUGAUUAAGCACAGGAAAAUGCAUGGUGGAGAGAACCAUCAAUGUCAGACAUGUGGGAAGGACUUCGCUACAUUUGCAGGCCUUAAUCUGCACAUGCAAACUCAUAUUGUAGAGAAACCUCACCAAUGUAAGGAAUGUGGAAAGGCCUUCACUCGAUCCACCACCCUGACUAUGCAUAUAAAAACUCAUACUGGAGAAAAUCUGUAUAUAUGUCAAGAGUGUGGGAAGGUCUUUAGGAAAUUCUCAAUAUUUACGGUACACAGGAGAAUCCACACUAGAGAGAAACCGUAUGUAUGUAAAGAUUGUGGGAAGGCCUUUAUUACCAACUCCAGGCUUCAUCAACGAAGGAGACUUCAUACUGGAGAGAAAGCUUUUGUAUGUGAGGAAUGUGGGAAGGCAUAUUGUCAUUCCUCAAGCCUUCAUAGUCAUAGGAAAAUUCACACUGGAGAGAAACCUUAUGUCUGUAAGGAAUGCGGGAAAGCCUUCUCUGAAAUUCGGAACCUGAACAAACACAGCAAAAUUCACAGUGGAGAGAAACCUCAUCAGUGUCAGACAUGUGGGAAGGCCUUCACUAUGCGCUCAGGCCUUACUCAGCAUAUGAAAGUGCACAUAGGAGUGAAAUCUUAUGUGUGUAAAGAGUGUGGGAAGGCCUUCUUUUUCCCCGCAAGUCUUAAGAAAUAUCAUAAAAUUCAUACUGGAUGAAUCGGUCCAUGAAUAACUCCCAAGUUCAGAAAAGGCCCCCUUGGCAAAAAAUGUCUGGAGAAGAAGGGGUAGGGGGGCUACAAAAGUGCAGCCAGGGCUGGAGCGAUAGCACAGCGGGUAGGGUGUUUGCCUUGCACACAGCCAACCCGGGUUUGAUUCCCAGCAUCCCAUAUGGUCCCCUGAGCAACGCUAGGGGUAAUUCCUGAGUGCAGAGCCAGGAGUAACCCCUGUGCAUCGCCGAGUGUGACCCAAAAAGCAAAAAAAAAAGAAAGCAGAAAGAAUAUCCUUUAGGGGCUGGAGCUAUAGCACAGCGGGUAGAGCGUUUGCCUUGCAUGCGGCCGACCCAGGUUCGAUUCCCAGCAUCCCAUAUGGUCCCCUGAGCACCACCAGGGGUGAUUCCUGAGUGCAGAGCCAGGAGUAACCCCUGUGCAUUGCUGGAUGUGACCCAAAAAGCAAAAAGCAACAACAACAAAAAAAGUGCAGCCAGGAUGGAAAUAACCCCUGUAGCAUGUGACAGGCAGUGUCAGAACAGGCCUCCUCUGUAAAAUUGUCCUUUAGACAAGGAGUUUAGGGGUGCUACAAGAGUGCAUCCAAGAAGGAAAUCAUCCUGGUAGCAUGUGACAGGCUUCCUGUGACGUCAGAUCUAUAAGAGACAGAUGCUUGCCUAUUAUCACCUGGGCCCCAGCUGUGCCCUUGUGAACUUCACAUGUAUGUUAACUUGUAAAUAAGGGGUCUUGGCGAUGGAAGCCAGGAGGAAGGUGACUGCAUAAGAACUAAUAACCAGGUAAUAAAACCGUCCCUCGCUCGGGGAUGUCAAGGCGCACCUCAUUCUUUGCUCUGGCUCCUGCUUGGCUGAGGCCUCGGGUUGUGGGUUUAUGGCAGAGAUCAACCAUGGUGCUACAGCGAAUACUUUUAA